CCCGGGAUAACCACAGUGGUCUGGCUGGUCUUUGAGCCUGAAUGGGAAACGUAUCAGUGGACCCUGUUCACUGCAAUUACUCAAUACCAUGCACUCACCUUGGCUCACUGCAUUCUCUGCUAGUAUUGUCACAGGCAAGAGUGAAAAUAAAGAGAGAAUUAUUAUUGAGGAACUACACAUCUCCGGAGUUUGCUAGGAAGCAACUUGUUAUGGCCGGCUGAUCAAUGGUGCCUGCUGGUCAAUGGCUCGCUGGUUAGUGCCCACAUUUACCUUGAUCAUAAUAUAAUAUAUCAGGACUGCAGUACUCAAACCAGGCAGUCCAUAGAGUAGAAUAUUUCUUUCAGUCCUGUUGAGCUAGACCGAUUACAAAGGCAUCCAUAGAGAAUUUUUUAAUCCUUGUGGGUGGUUGAUGAAAGAAAGUCGAUUCUGAUCAACACUGGAUCUGUGUCAGAAGUGGCCAGAAAGUGGAAACUUCAAGCGGGUUUCUCACUUUUUUUUGUUUCCUUUUUUCCCCUUUUUAGCAUUGUGUGUGUAUGAACCAUUAGGUGGCAUCUGAUUGAGGCACCAGCUGGCUACUUUGCCUUUUGGAAAUUGUUUAUCUUUCUCAGGAACUUACCUUAUCAAAAGGAAGCAAUUGCAGCUCUCUCUGGCUCUCAAAACGGAAGAUGUUGAAGGAGGAAAGACUCGUGGGAGUAGGGCUCAUAACGCUCCUCCAUGUUGGCUUCCUUUCGAUCUGUAUUGCCAGUGAAAACCAGCCCUGUAGGCCUUCUUCUUGUGGGGAUAUUGCAAAAAUCAGUGACCCUUUUCGAUUAAAAGGCGAUCCUUCUGGUUGUGGUGACCGUCAGUAUGAACUGGCCUGCGAAAACAAUCGUACUAUAAUAAACCUGAACCACAAGAAAUACUAUGUUGCGCAGAUCAAUUACAAUAACUAUACCAUUCGGGUGGUGAAUCCUGGCAUAAAGAAGGGCAACUGUUUCUCCACUCCUCUGUAUUCCCUGACAAGUCAACAAUUGGGAUAUGGUGAUCCAUAUUAUUGGCGACAUAAAUGGGAAAUCAAUACAACAGUUUUGUUGAACUGCACAAUCCCGGUCAAUGAUCAUAACCUCAUUCCUAUUAUUCAUUGCAACACAAGUGGCAAUUCCUCUUCCUCUCAUACAUAUUCUUAUGCACAAGUUGGAAACCCCAAGCUGAGAGAUGUUCCAUAUUCAUGCGCCAUUGGUACAACUCUUUUUUAUCGAUCAGCUGCAGUUUCACAGCCCAGAAAUCGUUCAAUGUCAGACUUGCAAGACGAGCUGCUCAUGGGAGUUGAGCUUUCAUUUUUGCAUUACCGCUGCAGCAGAGAAUGCAAUGUGCAGGGGCGAUACUGCCAUCUGAAUUACAUUCACAGUACUCUACAAUGCAUAAUUGUGCCCACAGUAUGUGACUACCCAAUCGGUUGCAUCAAGCCAAUCUGGCUGAGGCAUUUGUUGUACCUGCUUGCUCUAAUUUGUACAACCAUUUUAUCAAAUCAAUUUCAAAUCUUUGCUAUCGUCAUUGGAGGAAGAACUGUGCUCGGGAUAUUGUGCCUGUCUGCCUAUGUAAUCUAUAGGUUUCGACGGAGACACUUAUCCUUGGAUGAUAGUAUUGAAGAUUUCUUACAAAAUCAGAGAAAUCUCCAGCCAAUCAGGUACUCAUACUCAGAGAUAAAGAAGAUUACUAAUGGUUUUAAGGACAAAUUAGGGCAGGGAGGCUUUGGUUCAGUAUAUAAAGGAAAACUCCGAAGUGGUUGUAUUGUAGCAGUGAAGAUGUUGGUCAUGUCAAAAACUAAUGGCCAGGAUUUCAUUAAUGAAGUUGCUACAAUUGGAAGGAUUCAUCAUGUUAAUGUAGUGCGGCUCAUUGGAUUUUGUGUAGAGGGAUCCAAAUGGGCUCUUAUAUAUGAUUUCAUGCCUAAUGGAUCUCUUGAUAAGUAUAUUUUCCCUGAAAGAAAAAAUUCUGUUCCUUUGAGUUGGGAGAUAUUGAACAAGAUUGCCCUUGGAGUGGGGCGGGGAAUUGAAUAUUUACAUCAAGGUUGUGACAUGCAGAUACUACAUUUUGAUAUCAAGCCACACAACAUUCUUCUUGAUAAAACCUUCGCACCAAAAGUUUCAGAUUUUGGCCUGGCAAAACUGUAUUCAGCAAAUCAAAGUAUCGUCUCCCUCACUGCAGCACGAGGAACAUUGGGAUAUAUUGCUCCAGAAUUAUUCUACAAAAACAUUGGUGGUGUCUCAUACAAGGCUGACAUUUAUAGUUUUGGAAUGUUGUUGAUGGAAAUGGUGGGAAAAAAGAGGUAUGUGAAUGCACAUAAAGACGACUCAAGCGAAAUGUACUUCCCAUCAUGGAUUUAUGACCGAAUCAACAAAGGAGAGGACAUGGAAAUGGGAGAUGCAACUGAGGAUGAAAAGAAAUGUGUAAGGAAGAUGGUGAUUGUUGCACUAUGGUGUAUACAGAUGAAGCCUACAGACCGCCCUUCAAUGAGCAAAGCACUGGAGAUGUUGGAAGGUGACAUCGAACUCUUGAAAAUGCCUCCUAAGCCUACUCUAUAUUCCCAGAACAAGUCAAUUGAGGAUCAUGGUAACAACCCAAAUGGGAUUCCAGCUUCCUCAUGUAAUGCCAUGAUCACAAUUUCCUUGGAUGGAAGGUAGUGUUACACUGUAUCUACAUGCCUACUCUUUCCUAUAAUACCAUAUAUUUUAUUGACUUCAGUGUAAGUGUUGUUGCUCUUC